AUGGAGGACUUGUCUCGGUGGGUAAUGGAGGCCGGGUGGUGGGUGAGGAGGUGCUGCUGUGGGGAGGAAGAGGAGGCUGAGGAGGAGAAAGGAAGACGGGAUGAAGAAGAGCAGGAGGAGGAGGAGGAGGAGGAGGUGAAGAUGGAAGAGCUCAACUUGAGAAAGAGCAGGAGUUCAACUUCCCUUCCGCCGGCUGAGCUGGAUCCGGACCGGUCCAGCUCGUCCCCCUCGGGGUCCCAGCCUCACUGGUUCCACACCCUGCAGGUCCGACGGUUCAGAGUCCGGCGAGGACGCAGCAACAGUGACCCGCUUGGAGGGAACAACUGCGAGGACCACUUCACCUGGAAACCGGGUCUUCGGUUCGGAGCGUCCCACUCGUACCUGAGUCUGGAGAAACUCGGCGAGGGAGCGUACGCGUCCGUCUACAAAGGCAUCAGCAGGAUCAACGGGCAGCUGGUGGCGCUGAAGGUGAUCCGGACCAAGACGGAGGAGGGCGUCCCGUUCACCGCCAUCCGAGAGGCGUCUCUGCUCAAAGGCCUGAAACACGCCAACAUCGUUGUCCUGCAUGACAUCAUUCACACCAGAGACUCUCUGACCUUCGUCUUCGAAUACGUGCAGACAGAUCUGGCUCAGUACCUCACCGACCACCCCGGAGGACUGCACUCACACAACAUCAGGCUGUUUAUGUUCCAGCUGCUGCGCGCUCUGUGCUUCAUCCACAGCAGGAGGAUCCUCCACAGAGACCUGAAGCCUCACAACCUGCUCAUCAGCUACCUGGGAGAACUCAAGCUGGCCGACUUUGGUCUGGCUCGGUCCAAGUCCAUUCCCAGUCAGACCUUCUCCUCUGAGGUGGUGACGCUGUGGUACCGGCCCCCCGACGUCCUGCUGGGGUCCACAGAUUACUCCACCGCCCUGGACAUCUGGGGGGCUGGGUGUAUCUUUGUAGAAAUGCUGCAGGGGGCGCCGGCAUUCCCCGGGGUCACUGAUGUGUUUGAGCAGCUACAGAAGAUCUGGAUGGUCCUGGGCCUCCCCUCAGAGGAAAGCUGGCCUGGAGUCACUCAGCUACCAAAUUAUAAACCAGAGUGGUUUCAUCGCUCUGAGCCCAAACAGUUCAGAAGCGUUUGGAAAAGGUUGGACCAGCUGCCCUAUAAGACAGAGGAUCUGGUCCAGAGGAUGCUGAGGGGGGUCCCUGCAGCCCGGAUCUCAGCUCAGGAUGCCCUGAGGCACCCGUACUUCAGCACGCUGCCUGCCCCCAUUAUGCACCUCAGAGACAGUAAGAGUGCCGUUCACACGGUUACGCUAACCGCGCCACUUCCUCUGACGUCAUUCUUCUCUGUUUUUCAGCCGUGUCCAUUUUCAAGGUGCCAGGUGUCCGACUGGAGACGGAAGUCAGAGACGUCUUCAACCGGGGACAGAGGGUCAAACCCUCCCUGCUGUCCGCCGCCAAGUUCUGGUGAAAAAACUCGGACCUUCAACCGGACCAGACGACCGGAGGGGUGAACGGGGAUAGUACAGUCAGGGAAAACCUGGAAAAGUCAUAGAAUGUAAAAAGUCAUUGGAAAUUAAAGAUACCCUAAAAGUUUUGAAAAAAAGAAAGAAAAAAUCAACAAAAUGUUUUCUUCAACAAUGGCCA